UUCUCCCCUCUCUCUCUCUCUCUCUCUCUCUAUCUGUCUCUCUCUCUCUCUCUGAGAGUCUGUCGUUUAGUUUUCUCUCCAUAGCAAAGAAGCAACGCAUCUCUUCCUCUAACACACCACCACGUUUUCUUUGCUUUCCCUUGAGUUCCAAAAGGUUCUUGGCAGCCAAUCAUGACUGCAGAUACGACAACCUCAAGUUACUGGUUCAACUGGAGGGUCUUGCUUUGUACCAUAUGGGUUCUGACUUCAAUGACACUUUCAGUUAUUCUCGUAUGCAAAUUUGAAGGGCCAGGUAGUUCGAAGCGUCGCAGCAGAGAAACCCAGCAAGAAAUAUCUGCAGGAACUUUGUAUGAGGAUGAAACUUGGAGACCAUGCCUCAAAGGCAUUCACCCAGCCUGGCUUCUGGCUUUUAGAAUUUUUGCUUUCUUUGUGCUUUUGGUUCUGCUCAUCAUCACAGCUUUUGUGGAUGGAGGUGGCAUUUUUCUCUUCUACACACAGUGGACAUUUACAUUGAUUACUAUUUAUUUUGGGCUUGGAUCAUUGCUCUCCAUGCGGGGAUGUUACCAAUACCAUAAGAAAACUGCCGGCGAUAAGGUUGAGAGUUUUGAGGUGGAUACAGAGCAAGGCACUUUUGUGUCUCCUCCGCUUGGAGUUAAUUCCGGUACCUCUGCCACAGACAAAGCCUCAGGCUCCCAUGUAGAACAACCUCAAGCUCGCCAACCUGCUGGCUUUUGGGGUUAUGUCUUCCAAAUAAUUUUCCAGAUGAAUGCGGGUGCUGUCGUCCUCACAGACUGCGUCUUUUGGUUCAUAAUCGUUCCAUUUCUUACCGUCAAAGAUUACAACUUGAAUUUUCUGAUUAUAAACAUGCACACAAUCAAUGCUGUUUUCUUGCUUGGCGAAACCGCUUUGAACAGCUUGCCGUUUCCCUGGUUCCGAAUUGGGUAUUUCUUCCUGUGGACAGUCACCUAUGUAGUUUUCCAGUGGCUCGUUCAUGCUUUUUUCAAACUUUGGUGGCCCUAUCCAUUUCUUGACUUGUCAUCUCCAUAUGUUCCACUAUGGUACUUGUCGGUGGGUCUGCUGCAUAUCCCGUGCUACAGCAUUUUUGCUCUGAUAAUGAAGAUGAAACAUCAACUGUAUUCAACACGGUUCCCUGAAUCUUAUCAAUGUGGGAGAUAACUUGGGCUGAGAUGCAAGAGUACGUAGCCGAAGCCGAACACUCUAUAUAGUACAGGAUCCAGAAAGAAAGAAAAAAGCUUACUGCUAUAAUUCUUUGUAGAAGGAGAGCAUGCAGAAGGACAGAGAUCAGAUUUUAGAAUUAUGGGGAUCCAUGCCUUCAAUAGAUUUAAAGGAAAAUUUAGUUUCGAAAUUAAGUUUUGGAUGCUCAAGCAUUUCCCUAACCAGUGGCAUACUUAUAAAGUUGCAACUUGCAGCUGCAUAUACAGAGACAAUCAGAAAAAAGUUCAUUACAGAUAUUCUCAUUCCUAAUCUAAAAUUAUUCUAUUAUUCAA